UAUUAAUAAAUAUAACCUCACAUAUUAGACAACAGUAGCCUAUGAUAAUUGUUUUGUUUAAAAUUUUAAGUUGUGCCUAAUGUGCUGAAAUAUGUAAAUAAUUAUGUGUGUCUGAUAAUGUUAAAAUAUUUAAUAAUAUUUCUUUUUAUUUGAAUCGAUUAAUGUAAAAAAUGAGUGUGAGUGAAGCACUUGACAUUGCUACUGCUCUUCCAAGCAAAAAUCAGCCCUUGCUGUUUGAAAUAGUGUCGGCCUUCAUAUCAGAAAAAGAUAGUGAAAGUAAGAAGCAUGUCGUUUACACUUUACAAGUAAGACAUAUUUCUGGUAGAGAUGACUUCAGUCCUGCUACUAUAGACCGUAGAUACACAGAUUUUUUAAAUUUAUAUUUAGCUCUUAAACAAGAAUAUCCUAAUUUAAUGCAAACUGUGCACUUUCCAAAAAAGGUUUUAAUAGGUAAUUUUGAUAAUAAAUUAAUUACUAAUCGAAGUACUGGUUUUGAGACUUUACUAAAACACAUAUCAACUAAUGCCAGCUUGAGAUCAUCUCCAGCACUAUUAAGUUUUCUGCAGGAUCAAGAAUUACUUGAAGCAAAGCAAUUAAUUGAUGAGAAACAAUUUUCUACAGCACUGCCUAUUUUAGAGAACAGUUUUCAGCUACUGAAUAAAAUUUAUACAGAUAGAUCUCCAGCAGUUAUAUUAGCAUUAUGUCGAGUGUUAGGUUGCAGUGUGGCCAUACCAGGAUCUCCAAAUGCCAAAAAGUGGGCUGACCUUGCCCUCCAUCGUUAUGAAGGCGUGAGUGAUAGUGAUUUACUGGAAUUAUAUUUACCCUUGCUACAUGUGUGCAUUAAGGUGUGGUGGCAAAUGGGCUUGAAUAAGGAUCGUUUUGAAACUCGCCUGUUAGAUUUACGUCGACAAGGUUUAAAAGCAAAUGAGAGUCUUAAUCUCUUGGAUGCCAUUAAAGAGGUAGAAGAAAAACUGCAAAAGCUUUCUGUGCCAUCCUAGAAUUUAUAAUAGAAGGAUGCAUCACUAUCAGGAAUAUGAAAUAUUGAAUAAGUUUGAAGGUCUAUUACACAUUUUGAAUAAGUUUAAGUGAAUUUGAAAAUGAGACAUUGGCUGUGUGGGUUUUUAAUAAUGAUGCAUUUUUUAUAUAAAUUUUGAUUAUCAUUAUUAGAUAUAAGUUUAAUAAACAUGAUUUAUUAAAACCAGUAAUGCUUAAGAUAGUUUGAAAAUUAAAAAAUAUCUGCCGGUUGUGACAUAAUUGAUAAAAGUUGCUGUUUGCUCACAAUUCAAUUGUAAAAAAUAGA